AGGAACCGGGCGGGGACAGGCGGCCUUAUCAGCUGAUGCCUUACGUAGGGCUGGGUCCCACUUUGAUAAGGCAGGUCUGGUGGGCGCGCCAGCGUCCCCUCUCUGGAGCUGCAGCCCCAGACGGAGUGGUAAGGGGACGCGGCCCGAUCAGGAGGCAGUUCCCAAGAGCAGGUACCUACAUGGCUUCCUCAGCGAGGAUCUGAGGCUGCUACCGGCUGCCUGGAGAGGGGCUGGCGGCGGGAGCAACGCAGUGAGGUUCAGCUCUGACGCAUGGCCGCGCUCCGAGCACCCACUCGCCGCAGGGCCAACCCCGGGAUGCUAGGCUUUGAGCUGCUGGACAGCCGCCUCCGCCGAGGUGAGGAACCCGCGCCAUGUGACCCAGAUCCUUGACCCUUUUGCCCUGGCUCUGGGGCAUCCAGGCUUCUGGGCUUGCAGUCCAGCGUCUUCCACCCGGCCACCCCAUCUCGGGCAGGAGGCUAGAACCACCUUCCCUCCCCAGACGUCUCGCCACUGGCCAGAGGCCGUGAACAACCAGACUACUCCUGAGCGAAGGGGGCAGAAUGGAGUAUUGAGCGCCUGUGCUACAAGCGUGCGGGGGCUAGUGCCCCGCGUCAGCGAUGGAUCUGUCCGUGAACUUCUCCUUUCCCCUCUCCACCCCGUCCUCUCAGGAGCCCAACCGCAGUCUGGGCGCCGAGGACCUGCGCCCCAGCCCGCCCCUGCUCUCGGUCUUCAGCGUGCUUGUUCUGACCUUGUUGGGCCUUCUGGUGGCGGCCACUUUCGCUUGGAACCUGCUGGUGCUGGCCACCAUUCUCCGAGUGCGUACCUUCCACCGCGUCCCGCACAACCUGGUGGCCUCCAUGGCGGUCUCUGACGUGCUGGUGGCCGCGCUGGUCAUGCCCCUGAGCCUAGUGCAUGAGCUCUCCGGACGCCGCUGGCAGCUAGGCCGGCGGUUGUGCCAGCUGUGGGUGGCGUGUGACGUGCUGUGCUGCACAGCCAGCAUCUGGAAUGUGACGGCCAUAGCUCUGGACCGCUACUGGUCCAUUGCACGACACCUGGAGUACACGCCCCGCACCCGCAAGCGUGUCUCCAACCUGAUGAUUGCACUCACCUGGGCGCUCUCCGCGGUCAUCUCUCUGGCCCCGCUGCUGUUUGGGUGGGGGGAGACGUACUCUGAGCACCGCGAGGAGUGCCAGGUGAGCAGAGAGCCCUCCUACGCCGUGUUCUCCACUGUGGGCGCCUUCUACCUGCCUCUCUGUGUGGUGCUCUUCGUGUACUGGAAGAUCUACAAGACUGCCAAGCUCCGCGUUGGUGCCAGGAAGACCAACAGCGUCUCCCCCGUACCUGAAGCUGUGGAGGUGAAGGACUCCACGCAGCAAUCUCAAAUGGUGUUCACAGUCCGCCCUGCCACUGUCACCUUCCAGACAGAAGGGGACACAUGGCGGGAGCAGAAGGAGCAGAGGGCGGCCCUCAUGGUAGGCAUCCUCAUAGGGGUGUUUGUGCUGUGCUGGAUCCCGUUCUUUGUCACUGAGCUUGUUGGCCCUCUCUGCUCCUGGGACAUCCCUGCCGUCUGGAAGAGCAUCUUCCUCUGGCUUGGCUACUCCAACUCCUUCUUCAACCCCCUCAUCUACACAGCCUUCAACAAGAACUACAGCAGCGCCUUCAAGAGCUUCUUUUCCAGGCAGCACUGAUCAGAGCUGAGGGCAGGAAUGCCUUCAUCCCCUGGCUCUUCAGAAAUUUGAUCUCCCGUUCUUCCACAUGUGCCCUGCAGCCACACAGAUGAACAAAUUCUCCAAGUGUACCAGGGCCAUCUCAGAACUCAGUGCACCUCUCUUCACACUUGCACACAGGGAGAUAUCUCCACCCAGGGCUCCAGUGUGUCCCACCUGUCUCCUGUCCCUCACUCUGCACUAGCAGCCACAGACUUGGCCCACUGAGUGCCUGCUUCUCCAAGUCCUCUCUAGCAUGGUCAUGGCAUUGGCCUGGAGAAGUCCCAUUCUGCAAACAAGAGGGAGGAGGUGGUGCAUAGGGACAGGUGGAGAACAAGUGAAAAAAAAAACAGUAAGAAGCCCUAUGAGGACUUUAGGGGUAAGGAGACCAUAAUUCCAAGAUUUUUAGAGUCUUUCUCAUUUCAAAGUUCUGCUCUGUGGUCCUAGUAACUAUGCCCUAACUCUUAUUAGUUAUUUCCAAUAUUUGACCUCAAAAGUUGUCUACAAACAUAUUAAAGUACAUAACCCCAUGGAUGUGGACAGUGACUACUGGCAUUGUGGUUGUUUGUGACAUCUACACACACACACACACACACAAAACUAUAGAAGAGGCAGAUGCUCCAAUUGGUUAGUUCACUCCAGUAGACCACCCAUCCACUUAAACCAUAUAUUAAGAGCCAAAUUAAAUAUAUCCUCCCAUUUUGAAACAACUCACAAACAAUAUAAAAACCUACCAGUUUCAUAGAAUCUGCCAAACUUACUCAUUUCCAAUGGAUUUCAUGUGUAUGGAAUUUACUGAAAUGUUUCUGGGCAAAAGCCUUUAUUCUCAGAUCAUGGAAUUAGGGUAAAAUGACUGUUAUGAGGUUAUUGACUUCUUAAAUACAGUUUCACAACCAGAGACUCUAAAGGCACAUUCACCAGGUGGAUGCAUGCACAUUGGCAAGGUCGUUGAUUGAUUUGUAGCUGCUCUGCUGUUGACAUGCAAGUGCCUACCAGGAGGCCAACGCUAAUGACUAAUGAAAAGUAGAACAAAAGUCAAGUGUGGUCUUGGUCCUCUUUGGAUUGGCUGUGUAGUUGGUGGAGGAAGAGAGCCAGGUCAUGACACAGGUGUGUACAAACACAUCAAACUUGGUCACAGCCCCAUUUCCAGAGGCCAAGCAAAGGAACUGUCAGAAAAACACAACUGAAGAAUCUGCAGAGACAAGGCAGCUGUCUUUCCAGAAUUGCAUGCAUGCUGACUUCUCACCAAGAACAGAGGACACCCAACUCAUCCCAAGAAUCUUCAGACCAGAGGAGUUCCGCGGAAGUCUCAGAAUACUUGGAUGCCAGCAAAAUCCAGGUUUGUUGGCUGGUGGCUUCUCUUAUUAUCAUACUUAUGGAUCAAUGCUUUAAAUCACAGUGAUCUAUAGUGACAGGGCUAUUUCCUGAGUAGCACUUGCUAAGCUGUCUCAAUUAGUAAACUCACCUUUGGUCAAAGAGAGACAAUGAGCUCCUCAAAGUCCUAUAAACCCAUGUAUUUCUUCAAUUGGCUAAAAGUGCAACUAGUGUCAUCCUCAAGAGUUUUUUACUUUAAGUGAGGGAGAAGUUCUCCAAAGACCUGGGGCAACAUGCAUAUCACAUCAGGGGGCUCAGCCAACCAUCAUCUUCAUGUCCACACCAGACUGAGAAAAGUGGGAUAGCAUCUUGUCUCUAAGGAAGAACUCACAAAGUAACAAAUGUUUUUUGUAAUGUAGUUUUGCCAAAAUUAAUUGUUUAAUAGCUUUUUUUAAACCUAGAUCAAAUUGAUGAAUAUAAAAAGGUCUCCCCCGACCUAAUCCUAUGAAAACACUUGCAAAAUGUUCUAAACCGUGUGAAUUCUGUCUUCUUAUUGACCAUUGCUCUAAAGGUGGGAGCCCUUCAUGCAAUGAAUCUUUAGAGCUAAAAGCAGGAAGCAUGGUUGUUUUUCUUCCAUUCUUUCUUUGCAACAUUCAGUAUAAAUAAACUCACUUGCUAGUGUUGUGCCCUAGCUUGCAUCCCCAAGAAGACCACCACUCACUUAUGCAACACACAAGAGCACUUUACUAGCACAACAUGCAAUGGGUCUGCCACUCUGUGUUUGGAGACCCCGAAAGGCAAUUUUAAGCCUCUUUUAUAGGUUUUGGGAUACAUUAGCUUUAGUAACAAGCUUUAUCUCUAUUAUGAUUGGUUAGUUAUUACAUUCAAAUCCUAUUGGCAAUUGUUGGGGUGGUGAGCUAUUCGGGGUGGCCGAGUUACAGGGUUGCUAUGGGGUGGCCGAGUUUCAAGGGUGCCAGGUGGUCUUAUCCAAUGGAACAUUCUGUAUUUCUAUACAUUUUGUUGUUUUCCCAGGAACUAGUUUGCCUUGUUCAGCAGUCACAAGACAAUUGGGUUCGUUUUUAGGUCAGGCUCAGUACGAAAUGAAGCCUUCUGUUACAAUAUGGAGUCACUCUGGCCUCCACACUAGUGAGUUCUUACCAGUCUCCCUGCUAAACACCUACGUGAAUUGUUUUCUUUUAUUCUCUCAACCACACACACAAAAAAUCUGACCUUUUUAACACCACUCCACUAGAAAGAUUUGGUGACUUAACCUACAUAGAGUCAAUCAAAAACAAAACAAAACAAUAAGAAAUUGAACAUUAUGUGUGAUUUAGAGAGACUUUAGGCAAUAAAAUUCCCUGUUAAGAUCCCCGAUUCU